AGCCCCCCAAGAGCUGUGGGACUGCAGUGGCCUGCGUCUUGUUCUAUUGGGGUCCAGUGCUUCCACCUGCUUCAUUACACGGCAUAGAUCCAGAUGGGUGAUCAGGAGCAGGUGACUUACUCAUCUGUGAGAAUUCUCCAGUCUGCCUCAGAAUCUCAGAAGAGAUUAAGGCCUGAUGGCACCAGAAGGCCUGGGAAAUCUGCCAAGAAAGAGUUUGCAGUGCCCUGGCAUCGCAUUGCAGUGAGUCUUGGAAUCCUGUCUUUACUUCUCUUGAUGACGAUCACAAUGUUGGUGACAAUGAUUUUCCAGUUAAUUCAAGAAAAACAUCAACAGCAAGAAAUUUCAGCAAAUCUCAGUCUGAGUGAGUACUUGAAGGAGCAACUUCUGGCAAACAAGACUUUAGAAUGUGAUGUUCUCAGAAAUCGAACCCUUCUACAGCAAAAGUCACCGGAGUCAUUCCUUUCAAAACAGACUAGAUGUUGUACAGAUCCAGGUAAAAGCUGUAAUGGUUACUGGUCCUGUCAUGGACUCAAUUGCUACUAUUUUGAAGAGGAAAAGAAAAACUGGCAGCAAUGUAAACAAACUUGCCAGAACUACAGCUCCUCACUUUUGAAGAUAGACAAUGAGCAGGAAAAGACAUUCAUUACGUCGCACACUGAUGGUAAUAAUUACUGGAUUGGACUGUUGUAUGACCAAAAGGAGAAAAAAUGGAAAUGGGUUGAUGAUGGUUUCUCACCUGGAAUGUAA